GGAAGACUGAAAGAGAAGUUUCAGCACAAGAGAAAAAUUGCUGAGCUUCAAGGGAUUUUUUUUCUGCAACAUGGAUCCAAACUCCUGUGUCUAAGGAAAGGCAGCUUUAUAUAGCGGUAAAAUCAAUUGAACUCACCACCUGCCAACAUGUGGGUUUUUUGGACAUCGGCGAUAUAUCUGAGCAUUUGCAUUUUGUACAGCAAUGGACGAAUCCUACCUCAGACAGAUGACUUGUGCCCAACAUUACAGAGUGAAGGACUGACGACAGCAGGGGAAGCGACCACGAACAAUAACACGGGGUUCAACUUGAUCAAGAGGUUUUCUCUCCAGAAAAUGAGUUCUGUAAAGAAGAUUCGGAACCCCAGAGGACCUCUCAUCAUGCGGUUAGGAGGGGCAAGGCUCGUGGAGCAGACAGUACAGGUGUUUCCUCUCGGGUUGCCUGAAGAGUUCACGCUGGUGAUGACCCUGUUACUAAAGAAGCAGACAACAGAUGAAGACUGGUACCUCUUUCAAAUAAGUGACCGGUUGGGAUACCCACAGAUAUCAUUAUCAGUCAAUGGAAAAGAGAGAAGUAUGGAUUUCCAAGCUAAAGGCCGCGAUAAAGACUUUGUUGGUUGCACAUUCACCGGACCUGGACUACAUUCCUUAUUUGAUAAUGCAUGGCACAAGAUAGUGCUGAGUGUGCGAGAGAGGGUUGUGUCUAUACACAUUGACUGUAGCUACAUAUCCAGCAAACCUUUUGAGCCCAGAGGUGCUGUAUCUAGUGAAGGGUAUACUUUCAUUGGGUUGGACGUGGUGACUGGAUCCCCGAUACAUUUUGACAUCCAAAAGUUUGCUAUAUAUUGUGAUCCCCAAAUGGCUAUGCAGGAGAGCUGCUGUGAAAUCCUUCCUUCAGGGUGUCCUGGUGAAGCAUCUAAGACAAGACGCAACGUGGAGGGUGUAGAAAAUGUGCAAAAUAGUAACCUGAUAGAGUUUCCUGCAAAAUCAAAACCUCAGAGUUACACUCGAUGCUUCUGCCUUGAGGAUUCAUUACGCAAAACAGGCGAGAAGGUGUCUUCAGGGAUUCCGAUAGACCUGCCUCCAGAGUGUGAAUCGUGUGCUUUUCGUCUCCCAGAAACCAAUGUCUCAGCAGGACCACCAGGCCCCAGGGGUCUCAAAGGUGAAAGAGGGCUGUCUGGAACCUAUGGACCCAAAGGGGAGAGAGGAGAACGAGGGGCAGAUUGCAUCCGAACCUCAUCAGAUGGACCCCUUCAGUGUGCUGAGGGUGUAAAAGGAGAAAAGGGAGAGCGAGGGGAGGCGGGUCUAAGAGGAUACGAGGGACCAUCUGGGCCAGAAGGAGAGAAAGGAAAAAAAGGUGACAAGGGAGAUUUAGGAUUUAAAGGAUCUUCUGGUGUUCCUGGUCGAGAUGGCAGGCCAGGUGAAAUCUGUGUUGUGGGACCAAAGGGUCAAAAGGGAGAAACCGGAAUUGUAGGCCCUGAAGGACUGGCAGGAGAACCGGGACCUCCAGGAAAGCCAGGAGUCCCCGGGAUUGGAUUACCAGGCAAACCUGGUGAUCCAGGUGGCCCUCCUGGCCUCGCAGGUGAAAUGGGUACACCAGGAAUUCCAGGCAGAGAUGGCGCAGUGGGAAAACCGGGUAAACCAGGUGUCUCAGGACUGAAAGGAGAUAAGGGUGAACCAUGUGAAAUGUGCCCAUCUGUGAAUGCUGAUGGGACACAAGUUAUUAGUGUGCCUGGUAUCAAAGGGGCGAAAGGACAAGCAGGUCUUCCUGGAAUUGGAGAGCCAGGAAAGCGAGGUGAAAAGGGCGAAGAAGGGACUAAAGGUGAACAGGGACCUUCGGGUAUUAAUGGCUUCAAGGGUGAAAAGGGAGAGUCCUGUGAGGCCUGUAUAGAUUCUCCAGCCCUCGCUAAUUUAUUUAACCAAGGCAAUCGGGGUCCCAAGGGUGAGACUGUAAUUGGACUACCUGGCCUUCCGGGGAUACCUGGUGUGGAUGGACUGUCAGGACCCAGAGGAGAAAAGGGAGAUAGAGGUGUUGUAGGACCAGCUGGAAUACCAGGUACACCAGGAGGUCUUGGAAUGACAGGUCCCUCUGGACCCAAAGGAGAAAAGGGAGAUCAAUGUAGCAUCUGUCCAAAUCUCCCAGCUGAAGUAACAAAGCCUGAUACGAUCUAUGCCGUGCCAGGGACCCCAGGAGAGAAAGGAGAAAAGGGGGGACCUGGAAUUGGACUGCCAGGGAAAAAUGGUAUGCCAGGGGAUGCUGGAACAAAAGGGCAGAAGGGUGAGGCUGGUAACCAAGGGGAUUCUGGAAUUCCAGGGACAACAGGUGCGCCAGGUCUACCUGGAUCACCGGGAAUCCAAGGGUUCAUCGGAUUUAAAGGAGAAAAGGGCGAUGCCUGUGACUCUUGUCCAGUAAUUGUAGAUGCAAAUCAAGAUGUUGUUGGCUUACCUGGAAAACCUGGAUCAAAAGGGGACCAGGGUCCUCCGGGGCUUGGACAAACAGGAAGACCUGGACAGCCAGGAAUACCUGGGGUCCAAGGACCACCAGGACCUAAAGGAACUCAGGGUGAAACAGGGCUUCCAGGACAAGGAAAAAGAGGAGAACAGGGGGAAAGAGGACUGCCUGGUCCAACUGGAAAAUCAGGACCUCCAGGACCUCAGGGACCUACAGGAAUUAUGGGCCCCAAAGGCGAAAAGGGUACCACUGGACAAAAAGGGUCAUUAGGAGACCCAGGAAUUCCUGGAAUGGGUGCCAUGGGACCUCCGGGACGUGAUGGCACACCAGGAAAACCAGGAUAUCCAGCAACUAAUGGCAGACCAGGAGACAAGGGGGACAGAGGUGAAAAAGGAGAGGGUGGAGUAUGUUCCUGUCCUCCUGGACCAUGGAUGGAUUCAUCAAAUGGUGAUUUCUGGCGAUAUGGAAUUCAGGGACCCCCGGGACCACCCGGACCUCCUGGUCCUCCCGGACUACAAGGUCAUCAGGGUUUGCCUGGACACAAUGGUAUGCCAGGACCACCUGGAGUGCCAGGAGAACUGGGACCCCUGGCUGCAGAACGAAACAUUGAUGUCCUGAAGAGUAUUUGUGGGGACUGUGCCAAUAUGCAGAACAAUCCCAGCGCCAUGAAAGGAGAGAAGGGAGAGCAAGGACAGCCUGGCGUUCCUGGAGAAGAGGACUGUGAGAGGUGUCGAAUGGAAAAGAAUGAAGAAGCUGGAGACGAACCCGAUCCUGGAUGUGAAGGUGUAACAGGUCACCCAGGAUUGCCUGGAAUGAAAGGAGAAGAGGGGCCUACAGGACCAAGAGGUUUUCCUGGCCCCCCUGGACAAAUUGGGCCCCCAGGUUUUCCAGGCUCUCCUGGCUCCCCCGGAUUACCUGGCAUGCAGGGAGAACGAGGACCAGCUGGACCGAAUGGAGAAAAAGGAGAACUGGGGCCUCCUGGUCUGCCUGGAUAUCCUGGAGCUCUUGGUCCCCCAGGACUCCCCGGUUCUAAAGGUGAGCGAGGGUACAGUGGACCAGGCGGUGAAAAAGGAGAGUCGGGUCCUCCUGGUAUUCCUGGUGUCCCUGGACCUGCCGGCCCUUUGGGUCCAAGAGGAGAGAGAGGACUGUCAGGAAAGUCUGGAGAAAAAGGUGAUCAGGGAUUUCCUGGACCACCCGGAUUUCCUGGACCCCCAGGAUCCCCAGGAUUCGCAGGAAAGCCAGGAUCAACAGGACCACCUGGGCCUCCAGCAGAAAAAGGUGCUGAAGGACUACGUGGCUCUCCGGGACUUUCAGGUCCCCCUGGUACUCAUGGACCACCUGGAGUGCAAGGUCCCCCUGGAAUUGAAGGACUAGAUGGAAAGGAUGGCAAGCCAGGAUCUCGGGGAGAACCAGGUCCACCAGGGUCUCCAGGAAUGAAAGGGAUCCCAGGAUUUAAAGGAAAAACUGGACAUUCAGGAUUACCAGGACAAAAGGGAGACUGUGGACCUGCAGGACCACAAGGAAGUAUUGGUCGGCCAGGAGCAGAGGGUGAUCAAGGUCCUAUGGGCCCACAAGGACGCCCAGGUCCUCCAGGACACAUUGGACCUUCUGGAACCCCAGGACAACCAGGCCCACCUGGACCCCCUGGACUUGGUUUGAAAGGUGAAAGAGGCUCCCCAGGUGAACGGGGUAUGAUGGGUACUCCAGGAGAACCAGGAGGCCCAGGACAUCCUGGACCAGCUGGUGAGACAGGAUUAGAUGGGGAACCUGGGAAAGAGGGCGCUCAAGGAAAGCCUGGCAUACCUGGAAUACCUGGGGAAAAGGGUGAUACUGGUGCUCCUGGAUCUUCAGGACCCCCAGGUGAGAGAGGAAGACCAGGGCCAUCAGGAAACGGCUAUGGAAAAAGUGAUGCUGUUGGAAUUGUUGGGCCUAGAGGACCUUCUGGGGAAAGAGGAUCUAGUGGCCCUCCUGGUCCACCAGGUACACCAGGAAAUCCCGGAACUCCUGGAACAAUGGCGGAUCCCAUCAAUUAUGAUGAAAUUAGGAGGAUGAUUCGACAAGAAGUUAUCAAGAUCUUUGAUGAGAGAAUGGCAUAUUAUGCACGCAUGCAGACGCCAGUAGAGAUGGUUGCCUCACCUGGAAGGCCAGGUCCACCUGGUAAGGAUGGAACUCCAGGACGCCCAGGAUCUCCGGGUGCCCCAGGUUCUCCUGGGCAGAUCGGACGAGAAGGAAGACCAGGAUUACCUGGUUUGAGAGGUGAACCCGGAACAAAGGGAGAAAGGGGAAACAAUGGAAUUGGUACCAUGGGUGAUGUGGGCCCACCUGGAUCACCAGGACCACAAGGACCACCUGGAUAUGGUAAAUUAGGACCACCAGGUUCAACAGGACAACAAGGCAUCCCAGGUAUACCAGGACCAGCUGGACCAAAAGGUAACACAGGAAAAGAUGGAAGAUGCAACCCAUCGGAUUGCUACAGCAUGAUGUCAGUACAAGAGUACCAGCCAAAGAACAUGAAAGGACCUGGUUGAUAAGCUGUCCCAUUCCACAGACCCUAACAACAAUUUUUUUGUGUCUCACUCAAAGUCCCAAAUUCUUUUCUUUUAGACCCUAAGAACUGUCUCACUGGAUCAUCGUCAGAGAAGUCUGUCCUUUCCUUGCUAGAGUGGUCAACUGAAUUAUUUUCGAUAUACUAAUCUCUAUAUAUUGAACCAUAUCGAGAGGCAAACAAAUUCUGGCAAAGAAAGGGAAGGAUAUAUUCAUGCACCUUGUAUACUUUUAGGCCUUCUUUGUCCAUGCCAAUAGGCUCUAUUCCUUACCUUUUUUUUAUUUUUCAUGAUUUCCCUUAUUUCUUCAUUAACUUGUAGCACUUGAGUAAACUGUAAAAUCCCUGUCCGUGGCAGACCAGAAUGACAAUUCAUUAUCUCACGAUUCAUCAAAAUAACAUCUGAGUGGUCAAGAGUUUCAUAACGGAACUGUUUCCAGUCUUUGCCCCUAGCAUGAUAAUUCUUCACAUUUUCCAUAAUUGGGAUAUGGAUUCCACUUUACCUUGUCCAAGGUUUGAGAUGAGGACUAUUUUUUAUUCUUUACUCUUCUAGUAUAUAAAGAAAUAAUUUUAUAUUUUCAGCUAUGUUUUUUGUAUGAGAUGUCCUUACUGUAUUUCUUAGCUUUGUUUAUUGAACUUUCUCCAAAUCAAAUAUCCAUAGCAUAUACCUUACCAUACAUUUCAUUUUAGGCAUUUGUUGCAAUUUUUCUAUAAAAUUGUCUUAAUUUAUUCUGCUGACUGUGUCAGAAACAUCAAGGAUACCUUGUUAUUAUCUUUUGAAUCUUUGUAUUUCUUUAUUUGACGGCUAUUGCUAGGUAAUUUCAAUAACAUGACAGUUUUUGGUAUUCAGCAUUUUCAGUUUUUCAAACUGUACAGAUGUCAUCUGAGUCUUUUACAUGCUUUGUAGCACAUAUUUAUCAUCCCUCUAUUGUUUAACUUUUAAAAGCUGAUAUAGAAAAGUCACAGACUGUUGUGAAAAUCUAGUUUGCUUUUCAUUGCCUGUCUGCAUCAAUCUGCAUAUAAGAUGUGGGGUGGUGAUCCGCCUGGAAAAAAAAAAAAAAAGAUUUUUGUUAAAGCGGCCCUGUCAUAAAAUUAAAUAUGACAGACAGAUGUUGCCCCUUAAAGGAGAGGUAAUGUCUUUGCCCUCUUCAAAAGCCACAGUGUCUGCAAAAUGAUUUUCAUCCAAUCACAAUUUCUCAUCCAAUUGGGGAGUGUCAUAUUUUUGGUCCCCCGCCUAGCACUGUAGUUCCUUUAGCUUGCCACUAUUUGACUUUAAGACAAAGUAACGAUAAUGGAGCUUAGCAGAAGAAACUACAGAAAGUGUCAGGUGACCAGAAGUCUGGUACUCCCUGAAGUGUGUGAAAUACAUCGGAUUCCCUGGGGCCCAAUACCCCUCCAGAAAAAGAUUAGCAGUGCAGGUGGCAGGAUAAGUAAGUUCAAUAUGUCUUCUUUACAGUGAACCCUUUUUUGCCAUUUUUAAUUUUGCAACAAUUUCACUUUAAAGAUAAUUAUAGGAAAACAGCCACAUACAAAGUAGACUUUGUUGCUAGAUUAAAACAAUAAAAAAAAUGCAUUGUGGAUGUAAAAUGUUACCUCAGCCUGUUAUACAACUUUCAAGGUAAUUGAAAAUAUGCCACCUAUUGCACCUAUGUAUGCAAUAGGUGCUUCAUUCUUUCGGGUAAUGGUUGCAGUGAAAAGGUGCUUCCAAAUAUGUUAGGUAAUAGAACACACUGCAUCCCCUCUAUGAUGAGUGUACAUAAUAAUAAUUGUGAUUGUAUUUAAUAAAGUAGACCUGAAUCCCAUACUAUAUAGACACAUUUUAUGGCUGAUCAGUUAAAAUGAAAAUGAUUAAACAAAAGCAUUGAAUGAAAUGCAAAAUCUUUUGAAAGCUUGUAACUAGUUUGUGUAAAUGCAGACUAUACAAUGUAUUACUGUGUGUGUACAGAGCUUUAUUUGUUGAUGUUUUUAAUGUGUAUAUAAUAUGGUAGAAUGUAAAAUGUUGCAGAAAUUUCA